AUGACGCGCCCCAAAGGCAGACCGAGGAAAUGCGCGUAUUGCGAACGUGUAUUCACCAAGGAGGAACACUUGAAGCGGCACGAGAGAAGCCAUACUGGUGAGAAGCCUUUCAAGUGCUGUAAAUGCGGUAGGAGCUAUGCUAGAAGGUGCAGUGACGUUCUAUUUCGGCACUCUCAAACGCACUUCUCGACAAACAACAAUGGCCAAAGCGAAUAUCGACCUGAACGCCCGUCCUCAGAUAUUAUUCAGCUUGGCCAUGAUAACGAAUUAUGCUGCGAUGAUGGAAACGUUUCGAUCUCACUUCCAGAGCGACAAAUAAGUGUAUCUCUAGACCCAGCCGUUCCCGGGGCCCAAGACCGCAACUCCACGGCGUCGCCUCAGCAUGCGCCGUCCGCCCCAAGCUCCGCGAUGCAAUCGCCACCUACCGAAACUCAUGUAGAGGAUAUGCUAAGGCCAAAAAAACGGCAAAGGUUUUCACCACAGUCUCAGCAUAUUGUUGAUGAUAGCCAAGGAAUUUCAAUGGCUCAGUCCACUUGCACAAUCUCCGACAUGCUUCUAUCGCAGUUUGAUAUCGACCAAGUCUCGACCUUUACUGGGAUAGAAUUCGACCAACAAGGUAUCCUUGGAAGUUUCGACAACUUUAGCAUGUUUUCGUUCGGGACGGGACAGACGCCAGGUUUCGGUGACAUGCAGUUUAACUACGAUGCAAUAGAUGGCCCCGACUUGGACAGUUCUGGCUUCCCAUAUUCGAUACCAACCAUAGAUACUACCUCAUGUAGCCAGAAGUCAAGAAGUGGUGGGCUCAUGACCAUAUCAGCCAGUCAGAUGCAGAAAGUACAACGAAUCUGGUCGAGACAGCGACCCAAGGUGCUUACACCAAUCAACAGUCGUUUAUGGGAUGCGGUGAUUAAGCACAAUGCUGAUAACAUUUUCACGACACCACAGCAGAGUGUCAAUCUCGAAGACUACCAAUCAUUGGGACGCAAUAUGGAUCAAGCAUGUAGAAAUCGUCUGAUUCGGUACUGCAACGAUCUUGACGGAUCAUGUGGCUCGUCAGCAACAACUACUGAUAAGACUGCCAUGUUUUCUGUGGAUCUACUCGACUCAAGCUUGGACUUCUACUUUCAGUUCUUCCAUCCGGUCUUGCCAUUCAUACACAAGAGCACUUUUAAGGCUAGAGACGCACCGAGCUCGCUGUUGCUCGCAAUGUGUUUAGUUGGCGUGUCCUACUUGGAUCGAGCACACACCAAGGGUUUUCUCACUAGAUACCUCGGGGCAUGUUAUCGGCCGAAAGUUGUUGCCCGCCUGUCUCCACGAUUUGACGUCUCAGACACUGCUCAAGAGUGCACCAUCCGACAUCCUCACUACUCUUGCCACUGCACUCAUUAUAGCCUACUUAGCCUUGGGCUUUCGCUCUGUACUCAGAUGCUUCGUACGGCUGAUGGACAAGGCCUCUUCAUGGCUGGAUAUGAUGACGAUCCGAUUCUCAAAGUGAGACAAGGAGCACAAAGCCCAGACAACCUCUGGAAGGCAUGGGCACGAGUUGAAUCUGUCAAACGCCUCAUAUGCUGCCUUCUCUACUUGGACAUGGCCUAUGCCCGGCUGAUGAGCACGUCCGGGGUUAUUGCAAUAGACAAGGUCGAACUAUACCUGCCGUGUGACGAUGCUCUCUUUGAAGAUGCAACAACAGCCACGGCGUUCUUGCGCUCGGUGCAGCAAGGUGUACGUAUCACAAUGCCUCGAAUGAAUUCCCGGAGUUUUCACGUCUUGUCACCGUCGAAGCUCAACCAGAAUUCUACUCAGAUCCUCCUCCGCUCUCUCUACCUCAGACUGAUAGCAGCCAAAGCCAGACUUUCAGAAAAGCAUGGGCGGAAUGAACAUUCCCAGUCUAUCAGCCUUGCUGAGAGCUUUUCAACGGAUGAGGAUUACAAGACCAUCAUUGCUGACGUUGUAUUGCUGCCCAAGGCGCAUGCCAGCUUCUUGGGUGAACGACAUCAGAACAAUGCGUUAGGCUGGCAUUAUCUGUGCAUUCUAUUGACAACGGACGUUGACCUUUUGGAAACUGCGUGCGGUCGUGAUGGGUUGGAAGCUGCUGAGGACUCCCUAGUUCAUGUUUUCAGAUGGUCGCAGUCAAGUAGUGCUCGCAGGGCGCUGCUCCAUGCGGCUCAAGUAUUCAGCAUCUUGGAUUCGUGCCUCGUCCGCGAAUCAUAUCUCACUCGACCGGAUUUGGUACUAUUUGUCUCAGCGCUUGUGAUAAGUCAAUACUUCCUUGUUACUAGCUACACAGGUAAUGGCUCUGGUGGACCUGUUUUUGAGCUGCUCCGUGACGUAGAUUGGACUACAGUCGGAGACGAAGGGUUUGGGCGAGCUACUGGGUAUUUAUCGCUGGGAAGGCUUGGACGUGAAACAGUCACUUCGAACCCCGCCAUUGGAUUUAUAAACAAAGGUGGCUCUGUUUCGUUUGCUGGAGAAGUGCAAGGGCUUGGCGGCGUGGCUGCUAAGAAGAUUGCCAGGAAGUUUGCUCAUCUUAUGGAUGGCUUUGGCAAAUGGGAUGGAUGUAGCUAUUCUCAACUCUUGAGGGUAAUGUGUGGGUUCACGCAUGAAUCUGAGUGA